GAUAACGAAACUCUGUGGUUUAUAAGUGUCUAGACCAUCGACAGAACAUCGCGCUCACCCUGAAAUUCGCUAACAGAUCUGCACAAAUCUCAUGUCGGACGAAGAAGUUGCCUAUGCUCUGCGAUGGAACAACAACAUAGCAAUAAUGAUCUUUGGAUUGGUAUCCUACGAGUACGUGCUUCACUUCGAGAAAGAGGUCAAAUUUGUUUGGACAAGAAAAUGGUCACCGAUGACGUACCUUUACCUCGCUGUUCGAUAUCUUGGUCUUUUCCUUGCAAUGCUUUGCGCCUGCUGGGGAGGGCUAAUGUACAUUCCCGAACGGGUGAGUGUAUCUAUGCUUUCUUUUUCUAAAGGAUUCUGGGUUGAUCUAGAUUCAGCCUUGCAAGUAUACUGCCUUCAACUUGAACUUGCAUUUGCUUAGCAGGCGAAACAGGCUACAUUCUUGCUGUUCUAUUGGAAUGGGGCUUUACAAUU